ACCAAGGAAGUUGAUCUGGGCUCUGGCCCAAGAAGUGACGAGGCUGGGAGAGGGAGGAGAAGGAGAGUGAGGCACGGGAAGCCUGGAUCACACACUUGGAGUUUGGAUGUCUGGUGGGAAAGAGGGUGACUCCUAGCUGAUGGGUGAGCGGGGAGGGAUGGUUAGAGAGAACAGCUGUGUCAGCUCCAGGCCCUAGGCAGCAAAUGCCAGUGGGAAGGAGUCACCGCAGGCUACUAUUCUAACCUGGGGCAUGAACUAAAAUCCUCAAAGCCCAGGCCUUUGAGGGAGCCCUGAGAAAGGUCCAGAGGCUAAGGAUGAGUCCAGAAAGCUAAUCUCUUCCUCACUGUAGCCGAUGGGUUGAGAGGGGCACUAAGAUGCUUUGUAUAGUGCUAUAGGGAGUCACCUGCCAUCCUGUCUCGGGCCACCAAAGCUAUCCCCUCCCAGGUCAUUCCAAGAAGCAUCUGAAGCUCCCCAAGAGCCCCUUUCACCACCUUCCACCUCUGGCUCCCGACUUACAACGAGACCAUGAAAGUGAGGACCACUGGAGGCGACGGAGAAGCCUUAUGUGUAGCAGAAGAGGAACCUGUUGGAGAAGAGGAGGAAAUGCCAGCAUUCCCAUGCACCCAGAAUGGCCCGGCAGGGCCCAGCUGUAGCCGCUGUCAGAAGAACCUGUCCCUGCACACAUCCGUGAGAAUUCUGUACCUCUUCUUGGCCCUCCUGCUAGUGGCUGUGGCAGUGCUGGCUUCACUGGUGUUUAAGAAGGUUGACUCUCUCUCAGAAGACAUCACCAUCACCCAGUCAAACUAUGAGAAGAAAAUAGUCUCUGUGCAGGAAAACCUCCAGGAGCUAGAUCAGAAAGCCCUGGGCAAUUGCUCCUUCUGCCAUGACACGGGGCAGUUGGGACAAGAGAUCCACAAACUUCAGCAGGAGCUGGAGGAAAUCCAGAAGAUGCUUCUAGUCCAGGAGAUUCAGUUGGAUCAGACGUCCCAGACCCAUCAGCAGCUCUUCUCGGCCAGCAACCAAAUCACGGCUGUGGUAGACAGCUGCUCCUUCUCCAUCCACCAGGUCAACCAGACUCUGGGGCAGUUCCUGGCCCAGGUGAGGGGCUGGCAGGCUGCCAUGGCUGGACUGGACUUUUCACUAAAGGGCCUGACCCAGGACUGCUAUGAUGUUAGGGCAGCCGUACAGCAGAUCAACUUCACAGUGGGGCAGACCUCAGACUGGGUCCACAUGAUCCAGCGCAAGAUGGAAGAAGAAACCUUGACCCUGCAGAAAAUGGUCAGUGAGUGGCAGAACUACACCCGGCUCUUUGGUGGCCUGCGGGCCACCUCAUCCAAAACUGGGGAACUGGCCAAGAGCAUACAGACCAGCCUCAGUACCGCUUCCCAGCGCAUCAACCAAAAUUCUGAGGGCAUCCAUGACCUGGUGUUGCAGGUGAUGGGCCUGCAGCUGCAGCUGGACAAUGUCUCAUCCUUCCUGGAUGACCACGAGGAGAACAUGCAUGACCUGCAGUACCAUACGCGCUAUGCCCAGAACCGGACUAUGGAGCGUUUCGAGACCCUGGAAGGUCGUAUGGCUUCACAUGAGAUCGAGAUAAACACCAUUUUCACCAACAUCAAUGCCACAGACAACCACGUACACAGUAUGCUCAAGUACCUGGACGACGUGCGGCUCUCCUGCACGCUGGGCUUCCACACCCAUGCUGAGGAGCUCUACUACCUCAAUAAGUCUGUCUCCGUCAUGCUGAGCACCACGGACUUGCUGAGGGAGCGUUUCAGCCUGCUCCGUGCCCGGCUGGACUUUGACAUCCAGAACCUCUCAAUGGUCAUGGAGGAAAUGAAGGCCGUGGAUGUCCAGCACGGAGCCAUCCUCCAGAACGUCACCAUCCUAAGAGGCAUCCCUGGACCUCCAGGACCAAGAGGACUCAAAGGCGACGUGGGCGCAAAGGGACCCUAUGGGAGCAGGGGUCCCAAAGGAGACAAUGGCACUAUGGGCCCCCCUGGCCCUCAGGGCCCUCAGGGUCAGCCUGGUAAAACAGGGCCAGCAGGUGAAAGGGGACCCAGUGGCCUCAAAGGCUUCCCAGGCCUGAAAGGAUCUAAAGGCAGCUUUGGAUCAGCAGGACUGAAAGGACAGCCAGGCCCCAAGGGUGAUAUGGGACCCCAGGGGCCAGAGGGACCCCCAGGUUCUCCAGGUCCACCAGGACCCCAGGGCAAGCCAGGGAUCGCUGGGAAGACAGGGUCACCAGGCCAGGUUGGGCCCAUGGGCCCAAAGGGCGAGCCUGGCAUACAGGGUCCCCCAGGUCUUCCGGGGCCUCCAGGGCUACCAGGAAACCAGAGCCCCUACUGAAAAGAGUCCACUUCCUAGAAAUGCUGCCACACAACAGUUCUGGGGAAAGGGACUGCCCAAAGCAGCCCAGGGCCCUGUCAAGGAAGAAGCAUCUCUCCAAAGACAACCGUGCCUCCUUCAGCUCCACUAGGAUUCCUCCUGGAUCUGACCUGUCCAUAUCCAGCUUUCGAAGGACUUUCUGCUUGCUGCCUUGGCUAGUCCCAAUAGGGAUCCUAGAACCCUACCUAUCCUUGUCCCCAAAGGCUGCUGCCGUAGUCCCCAGUCCUAAAUUAAUGGGACUAAACUUUUUAGUUCUUAGGGGGAAGAUGGUGAUGGGGAUGAUGAUUAAGGUGGUAGUGGUGGUUGUGGUGGUCAUGAUCAUGGUGAUGACUGUGGUGGUGAUUGAUGAUAAAGAAGCAGCAACACCCUUCUUACUGUUCUUCUUUCCCAUAAAGCCUUUCUCCACUGAACAGGGAGUCUAACUGGACUAGCCUUGGGAGGGUGAAAGUGCAGGCCAUGAGGAGGGCAGAUGGGUCUGGGGAUGCCCAUGCCGAUGGGACUUGAGCAAAUUACCAUGUGGGAGUUAGUGCAUAAAUCUGGUAGUGACUGCCCAGGAGAGGGUGUGGAGCUAGUAUCAUUACUGGUAUAGCAAAUAUUCUCUUAUUCCCCCAUCAUAUUCAACAUGGCUAGGGCCAACUAUGUACUUGACGUGUCAAGGAAGGAAGAGACAAAAAGGAACUUCCUGCUUAUGGAAACCAUUAGAGAGUAGGUCUAUUUGAUCAUCAAAAAUGCUUCUUGGUUUGGACUGUACCGUAUUGGAGGUGACUCAGAAACCUUUAGAGGAAUGACUUCAGAGAGAAAUGCUCUUCCUGACUGGAGUAGAAAGAAAUGGCCAUGCCAUCCUCAGGGUCCUGUCUCUGGUUUCAACUGAAAGCAAGGGGCCUUUUUAAAAGACCCUUUACCUCCCCACCUCCUCUUGGGGCAUGUGGCAGCCCAGUGGGAAUUGAUGUGGAAGAAUGUCUUCACUUUAGAGAGAAAAUGCAGCAAUUGAAAGUACACCCUAAAGUUUGGUUUUGGAGCUAGAACUGUAAUUUUAUUGGUGCAGGAAACUCCCCAUGACACAACUCCCUUCACUAACACAGAUCAGCACCAGCUCUGCAUCUUCUAGUUUUUGAAAACUGCUUAAAGUACAUUGGCGAAAAUGGGUGGAGAAGGCCACUGAUGUUGGGAUGAGGUAGGGAAAGCAAACUGAAGAGGACUGUCCCAGUUAAACAUGCUCAUGUUUGGGUGCUUUGGGAAGAUAGCUCUUCAUUCAGAGAGUCCCCACCCCCCCCCCCACACACACACAAUUUCGCAUCUAACCCUGAGGCUGGCCCUCUCUGUUACCUGAAUGAGAGCUCAUUGUCAUCAUGGUGGAUGUACCAGGCAGCCGCAGGUACCCCCUGCUAACCAGAGCCCUGCUUCCACCACACUAGGUUCACCUGGCCCUAGCAUACACUGAACAGCUGCUCAUCCUGUACACAUAUUUACAGUGAUCCCACAAGUAGUGCCUUUCUGCUCCCUGAUCCAGGACUAAAAAUCGCCCCUGGCCAAUCCAGUGAAGAGGGACAAGAUCGUACUAGUAGUGGGCAGGACUCACCAUUAAAAUCAAGGGCAGGGCCCUCAAGUGAGUACAGUGUUUGACCCUCUUGUUUCCCAAGGACCUACUGACUAUCCCUCCAGUUCCACCACCCUCAGCUUCCAGGAGGCACUGCUGGAGGGAAGUAUCAAGAAAUUCCUUGUAAAAGGAUCAAGAUUCCCAAAGCUAUGACACUCUCUGGGCUGUGGGAAGCACCAAAGCCACUUUCUUCCUAUUUCUGCAGAAUCACAAUCCCAGACUUUAGGAAAGAGGGGGUUAGGGUCUUUGCUACCAGACUGAUUGAUCUGGAACAGAGCCCUUGUACUACUUGCUGGGGCCUGAAGUGGCAUCUUAAUUUUAUUGUCUUUGUUCCAAUUAAUAUGCAACUGGUUUGCAUCUUCCCCCAUUGCUGCUGUGUAACCCUUGUAUCUACCUAUAUCACAAAACAUUGUAUUACUGGAUCAAUAAAGAGAUACCUACCUGA